UAACAUUACCUGCUUGGAUACCAAAAAGUAAAACUGUUGGUACAGUGUAUCAUGCUGUAUAUUAAGAUGAAGAGAUAAAUUUGGCCGCAAUUCAAGUUUUCUAAGCUCCAUCUCUCCGCACUUAAUUUUACUUGGCAGCGGAAACGUAUCUUCCGGGCCAAUACGAGCGAGGUCUGGGCUUAUUCCACUUCGUUGCUUCUUUGGCGAGCAACAUGAAAACGAUUGUGCUUUCCUCACGCUGAAACAUGGCAGCUAAAGCAGCCUACAGACCUGUAGCCAAGAGAAGUUCAUCAGAGCUGAUUGACGUUUUAGAUAACUCGGAAACCAGUCCUACGGAUAAUUAUGGAUCUCUUAAGAAUGAUGUUACUGAUGGUUCAGAAGCAGAGCGAGUCAUCAUCAUUAAUAAACCACAAACUCAGCAGUUUUGCAACAAUAAGAUUAGCACUGCCAAGUACAACUUCUUGACAUUUCUUCCCAAGUUUCUUCUUGAACAGUUUAGUCGAUAUUCCAAUGUUUUCUUCUUGUUUAUUGCACUUCUGCAGCAAAUAGAUGAUGUGUCUCCAACUGGGCGUUACACCACAGCUGUUCCUCUUCUCUUUGUUCUUUCUUGCUCUGCUGUGAAAGAGAUCAUAGAAGAUUAUAAAAGACAUCAAGCAGAUGACCAAGUUAACAAUCGUAGGGUUAAAGUUCUUAGAGAUAAUACCAUGCAGUCCUUACUAUGGACAGAGGUCCAAGUUGGGGAUAUAGUGAAGGUGGUCAAUGGACAAUUUUUUCCAGCAGACCUUAUUCUAGUUUCAUCAAGUGAGCCAAUGGGAAUGUGUUAUAUAGAAACAUCAAAUCUUGAUGGAGAAACUAACUUAAAGAUCAGACAGGCCUUACCUCUGACUGCAAAAAUGACGUCACUUCUAGAGAUUCGUUGUAUGCAAGGAAGAGUGGAGUGUGAAGGGCCAAAUAAUCGACUUUAUGACUUUGUUGGAAAUAUCACUCUUCAAACUCAAAAAUCAGUACCAGUUGGUCCAGAGCAAAUCUUGCUUAGGGGAGCUAAUCUAAGGAACACACAGUGGAUAUUUGGUCUUGUUGUCUAUACUGGACAUGACUCCAAACUUAUGCAGAACUCCACAGCUGCUCCAAUCAAGAGGUCAAAUGUAGAUCACACUACCAACAUUCAGAUCUUGUUCUUGUUUGGGCUGCUUCUUGUCUUGGCUCUCUGUAGCACCAUUGGGUUCAAGAUUUGGACAGAUAACCAUCGGGACACUGAUUGGUACCUUGGAUAUUCUGGUAAAAAAGCCCAGAAUCUUGGCAUGUCGUUCCUGACGUUUAUCAUAUUGUUUAAUAACUUGAUCCCCAUCAGCUUGACAGUCACACUUGAGGUUGUGAAGUUCAUUCAAGCCAUCUUCAUAAACCUAGAUAUUGACAUGUACUAUGACAAGACAGAUACACCAGCAAUGGCGAGAACUUCAAAUCUGAAUGAAGAGUUAGGGCAGGUGAAGUACAUUUUUUCAGACAAGACAGGCACGCUAACAAGGAAUGUGAUGGAGUUCAAAAAAUGUUCCAUCGGAGGAAUCAGUUACAGUGGUGGAAGAGAUACGUUCAUGGAUCCAGCUCUGUUGGAUAAUCUUAGAGAGCACCAUCCGACAGCUUCUGUGAUUCGAGAGUUUUUGACGUUACUAGCCGUAUGCCAUACAGUUGUUCCAGAAAGAGAACCAGGAAAUCCUGAUAAGAUUGUUUAUCAAGCCGCCUCUCCAGAUGAAGGUGCUCUGGUGAAAGGAGCUAAAAAGCUAGGAUUCUCGUUCAACGUCAGGACUCCUACAUCAGUGAUUAUCAACGCGAUGGGCCAGGAAGAGGUGUACGAGGUUCUAAAUGUUUUAGAAUUUAACAGCACUCGUAAGAGGAUGUCAGUGAUUGUUCGAACCCCAGAAGGAAAAAUCAAGUUGUACUGCAAGGGAGCUGAUACAGUAAUCUUCGAGAGGAUGCAAGAGAAACAGAUGUACAUGGAUAGCACGGUAGAGCACUUGGAGGACUUCGCUAAAGAGGGCUUACGCACUCUUUGCAUUGCAAUGGCCGAGCUGGAACCAGAAGAGUUUCAGCGCUGGAGUGACAUCUACUACAAAGCUUCUACAAGCUUAGAAAACAGGGAGAAGAACGUAGAUGACGCCGCUGAACUUAUUGAGAAGAAUUUGUUCCUGUUGGGCGCCACGGCCAUUGAGGAUAAGCUGCAAGAAGGUGUCCCAGAAAGUAUUGCUGCACUUGCUGAUGCCGACAUCAAGAUCUGGGUUCUCACCGGUGACAAGCAGGAAACUGCCAUCAACAUUGGUUACGCUUGCCGUUUGCUGACUCCGGAGAUGAAGCUGUUAAUCUGUGGCGAGGAGACACUGGAUACUUUGUUGCAUGGAUUAUCAGAUGAACUCAAGUUGAGUUUCUUAGAACUUGCUCUCGGUUGUAAAGCUGUCAUCUGCUGCAGAGUGUCUCCUCUACAGAAGGCUCAAGUUGUCCGACUCGUAAAGCAGCACGUAAAGGAUGCCAUUACUCUUGCUAUUGGCGAUGGAGCCAAUGAUGUGGGCAUGAUUCAGGCGGCCCAUGUCGGCGUGGGUAUCAGUGGAGUUGAAGGUCUGCAGGCUGCCAGCGCUUCAGACUACGCCAUUGCACAGUUCCGUUACCUGAACAAGCUGUUGUUUGUCCAUGGAGCAUGGAGUUACCAAAGAUUGGCCAAACUUAUUCUCUACUCUUUCUACAAAAAUGUCUGCCUGUAUGUCAUAGAGCUUUGGUUUGCGCUUGAUAAUGGAUUUUCCGGCCAAAUCCUGUUCGACAAGUGGUGUAUUGGUAUUUACAAUGUGGUUUUCACUUCAGUUCCCCCAUUGGCUAUUGGCCUGUUUGAUCGGACAGUGACGUCAGAGAGCAUGCUCAAAUACCCCAAGUUAUACAAAGAGUCACAGAAUGCCGAGAUAUACAACACUAAGGUAUUUUGGAUGUGGAUCGCGGCGUCUGUCUACCAUUCCUUGCUGUUGUUUUAUCUUCCUUGUUUUAUGCUCAGACACGAAGCCCCUUUCAGUGAUGGAGUUAUUGUGGGCGAGUGGUUCUUAGGAAAUGUUGUAUACACGCUAGUCGUCAUCACGGUUUGUAUAAAAGCAGGAAUGGAACUGGACACCUGGAAUUGGUUGUGUCACGUGGCCAUUUGGGGCAGUAUCGCCAGCUGGUUCAUUUUCCUGUUAAUUUACUGUAUUCCUGAUAUCGCCCUCUAUAUUGCUCCUCACAUGAUUGGACAGGAUCGUAUGCUGUACUCCUGUAUCGUAUUUUGGAUUUCUCUGUUUAUCAUACCGAUGAUAACACUGCUGUUGGACUUCUUGUACAAAAUAUUUCGAAGAACAUUUUACAAAACUCUGAAAGAAGAAAUUCAGGAAGUUGAAGCUGAGCAUGGAGAUCCAAGUCGUUUAAUUAUGUCAGAUCAUGCCAUAAACACACAAAUAUGGUCACGAAAUGAAGCGUUUGAGGACAGAAAAGACCGUGGUGCUUCGGCGCUUGGAUUUGCCUUUUCUCAAGAAGAGGAUGCUCGAGUGGGACAGGCGGAGCUUAUUCGUCGUUAUGAUACCACUUUGAAGAAACCUCGAGGCGAUUGAACCACUGAUCCUGAUCUACCAUACGUUUGAGUUGUAAAAAAUAUUAUUGUCAAUUUUUUUUUUUCAUAAAAAAGUUUGUAUAUUAUUUAGAGGGUAUUUCGUACCCUUUUUGUUCAAGGAAUAUCAAUGUUUCCGGAUAAUAGAAAUCGUCUUAAUUCUAAAUUUAAAUUUAUGAACUAAGGAAUAUUGUUGUAUUAUAUUUUUUUUGUCGCACAAGAAAAUGAUAAGUUUGUUUUUGGCCGAAUCUCGUCUUUUAUGCGGUAUGAGACGUUUUCUAGACCGUCAUUAGUUACAGGUAUGUUGCUAGGUAACGUGACCUUACUAAAUGACGUGAAGCCGACAUGAAGCUGACACAAGCCUCUGAUUGGACGUUACGAGUCGGAUAGCGUUCGUGUCUCUUGACGGAGAUUUUCCGAAAAUGAUACUUAUGCUGUGAAGUGGUAUCAGUAGAAUUCACAGAAAACGAGAGAUUUUGUGGAAAAAAAGCACCAUUGUACCUACUGGCAUUUAAUUUAAGCAUUCUUGCACGCUGUCUAACACAGUCUUUUCACUGUAUGAAACGUUUAUUUUUCUGUAUGAUAAUAUUUUUUGGAGAAUAGUUAAUUUGAAAACUUGAUCAAACAAAAACUAGAGCUGUGGGAACACUAAGACAAGGAUAAGGUUCGUUGUUUAUCCAAACUAGUCGUGGCUUGAUUGUUCGAAGUUCUUUGACUCUCGCGAGGAGUCUGGCGACAAAUUUUGACAAACUCCAGGAGAGAAUUACGCAGCAGGCUCCACCAAAAGAAAAAAAAAAACGGCACCUGGUAGAUAAAUGGUUCUUUUCAUUAAACUGGUGUACUUCCCUUUGAUGAUAUCAUUCUCAAACAACAGACGGCGGAAACCAUAUUUUUGAUUUUGUUGCUGUUUUUUCCUCUCCGCUCACCCUGAGCUGAGUUGGACAGAUUUUAGUGAAAGGCAGCUGCUACGCAUUUGUUAAGAACUAAAAUCAGCUCUAGUUCUCGCUUGAUCCAAGUGUUUAAAAUUUUUUGCAUUUUAUAUGUUAAGCUUCUAAUUUGUCAGAUUAACAGAGGGCAUGUUGUUUAAUGUAGUUUAGUUUGUGUUGCCUGCAGAGGAGAAAAGAACAGAUAAGUUAUAGAGAUUUAUGUGAUAGUCACUUACAUGAAAUAAUGUCAGUAGGAGGUUUCGCCUCAUUGAAAGUUUGCCUUUAACGAGUUCGCGCUCCACCACGCUGAGUUUACCCCCCAUCCACCCCCCUACCCCCACCCCCUUCCUUAGUGGAAAAGAACUGCUCGGUGUUAUCCCAUCACGCCAUCCAAAUAAACGUAAUAUUGAGGCGGAUAUCCAAGCAUCGAGUUUAAAAACCUUUAAGUUGAUCGUGGAGCACUAAGAGUCAGUUUAGUUUUUAGGCAAAUCGCUUAACUGCCUGUACCUACGAAGCAAAAAGUUUGGAUGUUGAUCGAGCUGUUCAGUGGUUUGAUCUGAGAGGAAAAACGUUUAACCGAAAAGAGAAUCCAAUGAGUGAAAAGACUUAGAGGCAAACUUGGUGUUUUUGAAAGGGCGAACUUGUCGUAAUGGGAGCAAACUUGCCGUGCGGCGAAACCUCCUUAGCUCAUUAUUUGGUCAAAAGCAUUCAAAUGAUCUUCGAGUUGACAGAAAAAUAAUUCGAAAUUUUAAUGUUUUGUUACUUUAGGUAGGGCUCUAAACUGGCUUCCUUUCCUGUCUUUAAACACUUUUAGAACUGUUUCCGUUUUUUCACAUAGAAAUGGUCGAUCGAAAUCGAAAUGUUUUCUCAUUACCGAAAAAGGGAAUUAGCACUUAAAAUAUAAUUUGAUAUGAAUCGAAAAAACUAUUUAAUUAGUUAUGAAUGAAAAAGUUAAAGAUGUUAAACUUUUCCCUUUUUGAUUGGAGACUGCAUCGUUUGUAUUAUGUUUACAAAACAUUUUUAAUGGAAAUAUUUACGUGGAGUUUAUACCAAUCACUACUUUGUAAUCUCUAAGUUCUGUGGUUGGAUCGUUUUUGUUCCAUGUAUUCAGUGUUCCUCUUGUUGUCACUGAGCAUUGCAUAUUAUGAGACGAUAGAUAAGGUAAAAUAAGUAGUUGUUGACAUGUACUAUUACUACUUACGCUAAAAUGGACUGAUGAGCUAUGUAAACAGUAAAGUGAAGUCUAAACGAAUGAUGAAUCUCCUAUGUGGAUGUUUAUUUAUUUU